AUGUUCGGCCCACCCUCACCGCUGUCAAAGAGCAGGCUGAGAGGUACGCUUCAAAGUCGAAGACUUUCGCCGAGGGGUUCCCCUCGAUCACCGGGAUCGGGAAGUCCAAGUGGCGAGGGCAAAGUGUCCUUCGGCUUGCCCAACGAGGUCAAGUCUCCUAGAUUUCGCUCGGGCAACAAGUCCGUACCAGCACCGCUCAAGCUGGAGGAGCUCCCGGAUGACGCCCCAAGCGGCCCUAGCUCCAGUCCGAAGCGAGCCACAAGCCAGACGCCGCCUGCCCCCACGAAGGAGUGGGGUGCAGAACGUGUGCAAGUGCUGUGUGCCCCCACCAGCGGAGCCGUGACUCCCAGCUUUGCGGUCGUCCCACCACACCUGUCAGACAACGUUUUCAGGAGCAUUUCUGUUGCUUCCACGGCUCACACGAACUACACCAACUAUUCUGCAGCCCACAGUGAUGACAGCUCCAUUGUGUCCACAGCACAAGCAGCACUUGCAGCUGCUUCAGAAGCCAUGCGGCAAGAAGCAGUCAAAGCAGCAACGGCCCGGCAGCAGCUGGAAGACCAGUCCAGGCGCUUGGAGGCCCAACUGGCCGCCACUAACCAGAUCCUGCAGCCGCUUAUGUCGCCUCGCGUCCAGCAUCUCCUCCACCAGAUUCAAUCUCCGAAGCAUUUCGCGGCUCCACAAAGUCAAACCACCCAGGCGCAAUUCCUCACACAUGGCUAUGUUGGCGGCUAUGGACACAGCUCUGGUUCCUGCUCUGCGGCUCCCGUUACUGUUCGAAGGACAGUUCGUGUCGCACCGCCGAGGGUGGUUAGCCAGGUGCCCGUGCACACCUCUACCGUAGCGGCUGCCGCUGCCCCCAAGCAAGUGAUCCCCGGUCUUGAUGCCACCCAGAAGGAAGACAACACUGGGAGUGACCAGCAGCAGGUGUCGACAUCAUCCUCCGUGGGCGUGCAAACAUCCUGCGAGCUGCCAAGUGAAGUGCCCGCGCAGGACCUCGCACUCAAGGAGAUCGCGGAGGCACUCGCAUUCGCCUCUCGAGAUCUCGGCACGGAGGGGCCUUCCUUGGAGCAAGUGAAGCAGGACCGUGACUGUAUUCGACAGGCCAUCGCCAAGGGCCGAGCUGCUGGCCUGUCCGAGGAGGAGCUGGCCACGGCUGAACAGCAGCGGCGUCGGUUACAUAAUCUCUACCAGGACUUGAAGGGCCAACUGCGGGUCUACUGCCGAGUCAGGCCCCUGAACUCCAGGGAAAGACGGAUUGGUGACAAGGAAGCAAUGCAGGUCGUCGAUAAAAGCACCCUCGAGGUUCGUAGCACUGGGGACGUUUUCGAAUUCGAUGGAAUUUUCGGGAGUUCCGACUCGCAGGCUGAUGUCUUCGAGGAUUGCUGUGACCUGGCCCAGUCUGCUGUGGACGGUCAGAACGUGACGGUGUUUUGCUAUGGCAUUACUGGCGCUGGCAAGACUUACACCAUGUAUGGGACUCCAGAAGAAGAUGGUUUGGCGCAGAGGAUGUUUGGCGAGGUUUUUGCGCAGGUUGACGUGCGACCUCAGGCGAAUGUUACAGUCAUGGGGUCCAUGAUGGAGCUGUACAACAACUACCUCGUCGAUCUCCUUCGCCCGAUUGACUGGCAGGGUAGACAAAGCCCAGCCUUGAGCUUGAAGCUGGACAGGUUAGGCACGGUGCAGGAGCAUCGUGAACCACACGAGCACGCCUUGUUUCCCAAAACAUUUCUGGCUCGAGAGUGGAGGGGCGGCAGCUGUGCGAAUCUGCGAGGCGUUUCGUGUCGCACAGGCUGUCCCGAAUCGAUGAGGACCGACACGACCGAGCUGCUCAAACUUGGAGCAGCUUUGGCAAUCACGGUCGCCAUUUGCCGUUUGCUCUGGGUGAAGGGCACUGGAUCGAGCAAGAGAAAGGUUGCGGAGCCAGGAAGCCCCAAAUCGCCGGGGAACCGCUGGGCGACCCCCAAGGCAUCCAAUGGCACUGCGGAUGCUCUUUGGAUCUACUACGGUUCCCAGACGGGGACGGCAGAAGGUUUCGCCCAGGAACUAGAGCAGGACGCUGCAAAUCACGAAAUCGGUGCCACAGUUGUCGAUCUGGAGGACUUCGAUCCAGACACUUUCAAGACGCACAAGGCCGUAGUCAUGGUGCUCGCCACGUACGGCGAGGGAGAUCCCACGGACAAUGCCACGGAGUUCUUCAAGUGGCUGGCUGAUGACAGUGUGGAUUCAGACUACCUGAAGGGAGUGAAGUUCACCGUCAUGGGUUGCGGAAAUCGACAGUACGUCCACUUCAACCAAAGUGCGAAAAUUGCAGAUCAGCGAUUGGAGUGCCUUGGUGCCGAACGCGUCUACGAGCGUGGAGAGGGCGACGACGACCAAAACAUCGAAGAGGACUUUGAACAGUGGCGAGAGAAUGGCUUGUGGCCAGCUCUGCGGAAGGCUUUGGGCCUUGCAGGGUCAGAAAAUGUCAAGGACGAGCAUGCCGUGGAGACCGCGGAAUCGGUCGUGAAGCGUCUUCCUCUGAAGCUGGAACUUGCGCAGAACAUUAGGAACUUGCCGGUGGACCCCUUGGUGCAGGUCGGUGGUGCAGACGUUCUCGGCAAGUGGUAUUUCCAGGCAUCGCAAGCUUCCGUCGCUGUUUGCGACGAGCUCCGUCAAAAGCCUAAUGCCGAUGCCGGCAAGACUACGAAGCACAUUGAAUUCAACGUGCAGCAGCUACCAGCUGUGGACUGGCGAACUGCAGAUAAUCUCGAGGGAAACCCACACGGCCGGUCUGAAUGUCGUGGUGUUGGAGCUAGUGGCCAGACUGCCAUGGGAUGUGGCGCUUCCCAGGCAAAAUCCCAUUUACAGGAAGCGCCAGCGCCAUCAGAAGCCACCACUGGGACCACGAAGACGUCGGAGUCGGUGGCGCGGAAGGUCGAAAAACUCGAAAUUGAGACUUCCGCGGCCGUGGCGGAGUCAUACACAGAAAGCCCAGUGGCAAGUCCUGUGGCAAGCCCACUGGCCAGCGCCCCAACUCCUGCCAGCCCAUCCAAGUCGCGACCACGAGCUCCAAAGGCUCCGCAGGCGACGUGGAUCGAAAAUGGACGCAGCUAUAGGAAAACACCCGGAAGAGCGACUGCAAUGCGAAGGAACUCUGCUCCCGAGAACCGUGAUGCGCCUCCUUCGGAGCAAGCCCGUCUGAGUGUUUGUGCGAGCUUAAGUGCCACCUCAACAUCGGCAGCCUUGUCACCGCAGACUGGUGAGGUUUUGCUACCGGGAGCUGUCAGGGGCACUACAGGCACACAUGGGACCCAUGGGACCGGCACCACGAGCGCCUCCAACGAGGCCCCAAUCAUAGCAAACACUUUAAGCAGCUCGACCACGCUGGCGAGUGUGGACACCGAGGAAGCGCAAGGACAGCCGGCAUCGCCUUUAAAUGUCGGGUCUUUGCGAUCCGUGAAGUCCGUGGAACAGUGCCUUACCACAGGAGGCGAGCGGGGCCCCGGCCCUGGGUACUUGACCGACCUCCAGGUGGCCCAGCUGGGCCAGAUCUUCAGUUUCGUGGACAAGAACGGUGAUGGGAAGCUGACAAGGAAGGAAUUAUUGAUUGGGUUGAAGAAGUCUCCUGCCGUCCGCACCCUCUUUGAGAUCUCUGGAAGCGAUCUAGAGCAAAUCCAAGCAGAUUUUGAGGGCCAAGGCCGCCUGGGCUCUGCAGAAGGGCGGUGGUGCCUCUUGACAUCGGCAGAUGAAGUCUUAAACAAGGCGGAGUUCAUCAGGCACUUUGUAGGGAAUCCAGAGCAAGCGCUCAAAGGGAUUCGUUUGCAUUGCGGGGAUCCUGACAGACCCAAGUUUACGGCAACGCAGGACUGGCAGCCUGUCCCUAAGGGAGCUGCUUGCCCUCCAGGCUUAGAGUACAAGAUGGAUCUGGCAACAGGAGAGACUCUGGGGCGCCUUUGCAAAAGCAAAGCGUGA